AUGUCAGCCGUCAAACAAGAAGAGCUACGCAGUGAAUUUCCUUUUUUUCGUGAACAUCCUAAUUGGAUUUUUUUGGAAAAUGCAGGCGGCAGCCAGGUGCCUGUAUCAGUGAUUACUUCUAUUUCAACAUAUUAUUCAAGAUCAUAUGUUCAAAUUGCUGCUCAAUAUGAGCAAUCAAAGGAAGCAACACAAAUAGUGAAAGAAGCGCAUGAUUUUUGUCGCGAAAUCAUGAAUGGUAGUGGCAUUGGUGAAGUUGUUUUUGGUUCGAGUACUACUCAGUUAGUUCAUACGUUAGCUCACGCUUUCGAUAAACUGAUCACAAAUGUAGAUGAUGAAAUAGUUUUGACCAAUAUUGCACAUGAAGCUAAUUAUGGUGCUUGGACUAAAUUGCAAGGAAAAGUUAUCGAAUGGAAAGCACACGAUCGAAUAAAUAUUGAUGAUCUAUCAGCUUUAUUAUCAGAACGUACACGAAUUGUGGCUAUACCACAUGCGAGUAAUCUUAUUGGUGAAGUUUUAGACGUUGAAGCUAUUGUGAAACUUGUCCGACAAAAAUGUCCCCGUGCUCGUGUUAUUGUUGAUGGUGUAGCAUAUGCUCCACAUCGAGCUAUAGAUGUUCGCCAGUGGGAUGUUGAUUUUUAUGUAUUCAGUCUUUAUAAAGUCUAUGGUCCUCAUUUGGCUGUUUUAUAUGGCUCAAAUGCUGCUUGGAAAGAACUUAUUGAUAUAUCAGCUGGACCCAAUCACUUUUUUAUUCCACAAACAGAUGUUUCAUAUCAAUACGAACUCGGAUGUAUUAGUCAUGAAGCAUGUGCAGGUGUUUUAGGCAUCAAAUCCUAUUUUGAGCAAGUCGCUAAUGCUCCUAAGGAUCAACCAACAAGAAAAACAAUUGAACAAGCAUACAAUAUAUUUGCUGAUUUUGAACGUCCACUUGUUGAACGGCUUGUUCAAUAUCUUUUUACAAAACCUGACGUAAUUGUUCUUGGCCAACGGUCGACCAAAAAUCGAUUACCGACUAUUAGCUUUAGUUCAACGCGUUUAUCGUCAACCGAUAUUGUCAAACAUCUCCAUGAACAUAAAAUAGCUUGUCGUAAUGGUCAUAUGUAUGGUUACCGAUUAGUGACAGCUAGAGGAUUAGAUAUUAUUGAUGGUGUAGUUCGCCUUUCUGCGCUACACUACAAUACCAUAGCUGAAAUAGACAAAUGUAUUGAAAUACUUGAUCUAAUUUUAUCGAAUACCGAUCAUACGCCUGAGACAAGUGGGCCCAUACAAGAUUAA